UGCCGCUUGAAACUUGUUAGGACAUUUCAAACCGCAUAUUGUCAUGCUUUACUGUGUAAACAGUCACUUAAACCUUAAGAGUGCAGUCUUUAUCGUGACCUCAACCACCACACUCUGAACCCAGAGAAAGUGAGAAAGAAAAAAACAAAAACAAAAGGCAUGUCUGUUCCUCUCUGAUAUAGCACUGCUGAGACAGUGGGACAUGCUUGAGCUGGAGAAAUGUGAGCAGUGGCCUUUAUCUGUCAGGAGAAAAAAAGAUAAAAAAAGAGCGAGGAACAGGGAGUGAGAGAGAGCAGAGACAGAGCAUUGUGUUGUGAAAGUGGAGAUUAAUACAAAUACAGUGGAAAGGAGGAGGGGGAGCUGGGAUAAAGUGGAGCACUAUCUCUCCUCCUCUUUUCUCUUAUUCCCUCCCUCUCUCUGCUCCCUCCCCCGGGCUGCAGGAGUAGUAGGAGGUUAACGUGACUGUGAGAGCUGUACUUUAAAACAGCACGGCGGGCCGAACUCACACACUCAGACACACUCACAGCUGAGAAAUCACACUGAAACAUAAGGUCAAUCCCUCUGGAUUUCUAUAUGGAUCUUGGACUGUAAACAAUUUCAAGAGGGAAAUAUCAGAGGCUGAUUUAAAUUUGGUGUAGGACUGUAAAGGAAGGUACCUGGACUCACAGCGGAGAUGGAGGCAGGCCCGUUGGCAUCAGUGGCCGAGGGCUCUCCGGAAGGGGAGACGGUGUGUGCUGCCUUGGCCCGCUAUGAAACCACAUUGCGGGAUGCAGUGCGUGAGAUCCACAUGGAUGUCAGUGCUUUCAAGCUGGGCAUCGAGCGGAGACUGGAAGAGGCCAUUAAUGUGAGUGGACCUCUGGGCCGGGCCGUCGCACAGCUGCAGCAGGAAAACCGGCAGCUAAGGGGUCAGUUAGAGGCUCUGACCAGACAGGUAGAGAUGCUGACAGGGUCGGUGUGCGACAGAAGCGCACUUCUCACUGAAGGAUCGGCGCCACCACAGAACAACAGCAGCACCGCGGGGCAUCAGUCUCCACCGUCUGCAGCCCCCAGUGUAGCAGCUCUGACCGGCUCCGCCAGCGGCUCUGCCUCCAGCCCCACCGCCACACGCUUCUCCAGCAGAGCUACUUUCUCCGUCACCAGCAAAACGAAUAGUGUUGAGCGAGAUGAGCCAAUUGAAGUGGAUCCAGCACCCGUUUCCCAAGGCUUGGAGAAUGGACACUUAUCCUCAACAGAAAACUCUACUAUGCCUUUGAGGAGAAUCUCACCACCCAACGGUGUGUCACAGCAGCACACAGCCCCUGUUUCAAUGGCAAUGCCACACCUGCCAAUCACAGCAACCAAAAAAGUGGCUGACUCAGCAGUUAUGAAAAGUCCUGAGUCACCUGGUAGUCCGAUGCAAGCCACGCCGUCAGCCAUAACAGAUUCACUGACAAACAGUCAGUCAGUCACCAGUAAUAACCAGCAACAACUAGAGCCUCCUGUUCAUGCAGUAUCGUCUGUGAAAACAUGGGCUCCGACUCCUGCCAGGACUAUGGGUUCUCCACGGCUUAGUGAGAAAGCAUCUUCGGCUCCAGCCAAGUCAGUGACUUACUCUGAUCUUUUCCCACACAGUACAGACAGGAACGUGGAUAUGUCAGGGGAUUUAUCCUUUGGUAGAGGCAUUGAGCGCAGACGGGAGCUUGUGAGGUCCCAGACUUUACCUCGAAACAUUGGAGCCCAGGCUCGCAGGUCCAUUUUUGAGAGGCUAGACUCUGAGAACAAUAAGCGACCCAAGCCUGUGGAUUCCAAACCAAAGCUGAAACGCUCUCAGAGUUUUGGAGUAUCCAGUGCUAGCAGUAUCAAGCAGAUUCUUCUGGAAUGGUGUCGAUCCAAGACCAUUGGGUACCAGAACAUCGACAUUCAAAACUUCUCAUCCAGCUGGAGUGACGGCAUGGCAUUCUGCGCCCUGGUGCACUCUUUCUUCCCCACAGAGUUUGACUACAACAUCCUGUCCCCUGCCGACCGCAAACAUAACUUUGAGCUGGCAUUCAGCACUGCAGAGAAGAAGGCUGGCUGUGAUAGGCUCAUUGAAGUGGAGGACAUGAUGGUGAUGGGAAGAAAGCCAGACCCCAUGUGUGUCUUUACUUACGUCCAGUCACUAUAUAACCACUUGCGCAAGUUUGAGUGAGAUCUCGGCCUCUUCAGCUCCAGCUGAACACUCUGCACUGUCCCCUGCUGGACAAAACUGAACUCUGAUAUAGUCACUAUGGUAUGCAAAAUGUCUAUGGGAACCCACACCAUUUCAAGCAUGAUGCUUCUGCAGUUGCAUUUUAAUCAAGAAAAGGUCAUCGACUAUUUAUACAGUCCUUUGAGACAUGGCUUUUGUGUAUGGCACACUCUUUUUAGAAUGGUGGCCUCUGAUUUAUUACUAAACAGCUUGAAGUUAACGGAAUAGUUCAGCCCAAAAUGAAAAUGCACUUAUCUUUAGGCCAUUCAUGAUGUAGAUGAGUUUGUUUCUUUGUUGGAAAUAGAUUUGAAGAAAUUUACUUCUCCAAAUCACUUGCUCACCAUUGGAUCCUCUGCAGUGAAUGGGUGCCGUCAGAAAUUAGAGUUCAAACAGCAGAUAAAAACAUCAAAAUAAUCCACACGCAGUUCACAUGACUCCAGGCCAUCAUUUAACAUCUUAUUAAAUUAAAAGCUGCAUGUUUGUAAGAAGCAAAUCCAUAAUUAAAAUGUUUUUGCAUAGAUUAAGCCCCGUUUACAAGCAAAAACAGUCCAAAUCAGUUCUAAAGAAAUAUGUUGGUGGAUUUUGAUGUGAGAGGACAACAGGGGAUGGACUUUUUCACAGGAAGGAAUAAUUAUCAUUGAUUAUGGACUUGGUAUUUUGGCCAGAAGUGAUGAAGUCAAGUUAAAAUACCUUGACGGAUUUGUUUAUCACAAACAUACAGUUUUAUGAUGUUAAUAUAGACUGGAGUCAUGUGGAUUACUUGUGGAUUAUUGUGAUGUUUUUAUCAGCUGUUUGACGGCACCCAUUCACUC